GGACGUCUGCACGCGACGGCAGUCGGCCCGGGACGCUCGCUCGGCGCGGCGCAACCUGUCGGUCUCCUCUCUCUCUCUCUCGAUCUCUCGAGUGUACAAGUGCUCAAGUCUCGAUUAUACAGUAGUGAGGAUAAAUUACGAAGACACACGGCAGAGGAAUAUCCAAGGGAUAUAAUACGCGGCCGAGGCGCAAAAGCUCGAGCCGAGGCGAAUGAGCCUCAACGAGGAUGGGCUGCCAGCAGCAGCAGCAGUUUCCUCUGACGUCAGCGGCAUCAUCGAGAGCGGACGCAGAGACGAGGAAGUCUGGAUCGGGUUCGGAGCAGCAAACAGGUUGGCGGCCGAGCGGCUCUAGCCAGCUUCUGCGAGCGCACUGCAACGACGAGCCGCAGCAACCACCACUACCUGCACCUGCAGCGCAGCUUCGGCCCAGAUGCGGCGCCGCCGGCGAGUCAUCCUGCUCAUCGGGCAUCGCCGCGUGACGUCGCCGCGGCGAUGCGCCGCCCGCCUGGUACUGCCGCAGCAGCCGCCACUUCGACACUACGAGACGACACUCGAGCCGCUAGCUACUACCCGGAUGGAAAUGGCGCAUCGAGAGCGGCUCAGCAGCACUACCCGGGGGCCUCGGCGGAGCAGCGUCGAAGACCCCGACACCUCCUACUGGGCCUCGUCUGGGCCUUACUCCUACUGCAGCACGUCGACCUCGCGGCCACGACCAAUAGCUCGGCCGGUCAAAAGUACAGCACGCGUGUGGUGCGUACGAGAUACGGAAGCCUGCGAGGAGUCGUCUCACGGAGCACGACCGAGGCGACGGUCGAGGUCUACCUUGGGGUACCCUACGCUACCCCACCGCUUGGCUCCCUGCGCUACAUGCCCCCGGUCACCCCCUCGCCAUGGCGCGGCACACGUCUAGCCGACAGUAUGCCGCCGGCAUGCCCCCAGAAGGUACCCCGGCCCGACGGGAAUACCCCAAGGGCCCAAAGGGCCUACCUCGAGAAAGUGGGACCUCUGCUGGCCAAUCAGAGCGAAGACUGCCUCUACCUCAAUCUGUACGUGCCCAGGCCGCCCAGCGCUACCUUAGCCGCCGCCGCUGCCGCAUCGCCUCAUUCAGGUGGUCCGUCGUCCUCGUCGUCGGCGGAUCUACUGCCAGCUCUGCUACUCGUCCACGGUGACUCGUACUCGUGGGGAGCCGGGAAUCCGCUGGACGGAACUGCUCUCGCUGCUCACGGACGGCUCAUCGUUGUCUCCAUCAACUUUCGUCUAGGUAUUUUAGGUUUCCUGAAGACAAGCUCGAAGGGAAGCGCACAGGGCAAUUACGGCCUCAUGGACCUCGUGGCCGGAGUGCACUGGCUGAAGGAGAAUCUGGCCGCCUUCGGCGGCGACUCCAAUCGAUUGACUCUGCUGGGCCACGGGACCGGCGCCGCGCUGGCCAACUUUCUCGCCGUUUCGCCGAUGGCCAAAGAGCUGGUGGAGCGAGUCGUGCUACUGGGAGGCUCGUCUCUGUCGCCCUGGGCGGUACAGCGUGAGCCGUUGGCGGUGAAGAGAAGAGUCGCCGAAUUGGCUGGAUGUCCCGGCGAUCUGGAGCUGGACGACGUGGCGCCUUGUCUCAGGCUCAGGAGCGUCGAGGAACUGCUCGAACUGAGGCUCGACGUGCCGAGGUUCACCUCGGGAUUCGCGCCCUUUAUCGACGGGGCGAUACUGCCCUCGAGCUUGCUCAGCAAUCAGAACUUUCAACCGACAGUGUCGUCAUCGGGUCUGAUGCCGCUGGUACCGGGUCCAGGUUCCGAAUUCGCCAACUUCGGCGAUCGGGACGUCCUCAUGGGUCUCACUUCCGACGAGGCUUGGCUCGAGCUAACCGAACAAGAUCUCGAGAGCGGCCUGAACGAGACGCGCCGGGACAGGAUUCUCCGCACGUACGUGCGCAACACGUACCGCUACCAUCUGCACGAGAUCUACUCGGCCUUGCGGAACGAGUAUACCGACUGGGAACGCGGAGAACCUAGUCCGAUCGCUAUCUGCGAGGGUCUCCUGUCGCUGCUGGGAGAUGGUCAGGUUGCGGCGCCGCUGCUCAGGUUGGCGCUGCUGCACUCGGCCACCGGCGGUAGAGGCUACUUUCUGCACUUCCAACCUGGCGAGCGACCUAGUCAGAAGGGCGAGGAAUUGCCGUACUUACUGGGACUGCCGCUGCUCAGAGCAGAGGGCGCCAUCGUGCCCGGCAAUUACAGCCUGGCCGACGAGAAUCUGUCCAGGUUGCUCGUGCACUACCUGUCCAACUUCAUCAGGCGAGGCGAUCCGAACGGCGCGGCUAUGUCGUCGAUGUCGUCUGCUUGGGCCUCGUCAGCCGACGUGGGCAUCGCGAGUCCCCCCUUCUGGGACUCGUACGACUCGAUCAACCAGCUAUACCUGGAGGCCAGUCGCAGCGGCACGGAGAUGCGCUCGCACUAUCGCGGCCACAAGAUGAGCCUCUGGCUGAAUCUUCUGCCGCAGCUGCACAGGCCAGGCUACGAGAUCAGCAUGCGGCAUCACCACCUGGCCGAGAGUCCUGCCCUCUACGAGGGCGCUGUCAGGCCGCAAUCCAUGGCUAUGCCCAUACCUGCACCACCACUACCUCUGCCGUACCCCACCGAGCCUUCCAUCUCCAGUUCGGCGGCCAUCAGCUCGACCAUGGCCACGACGACCGACUGCACGCCUAACCUCACCAGCAGCAUGAUCCCCGGCGCCGGUACCACUUCCACUAGCGGUGACAUCGGCUCCAGUCCCAACAACCUCCUUCGCAAGCUAGCCUCCAGUCACUACCAGAGCUACACGACUGCCUUGACGGUAACCAUAGCCGUCGGGGUCUUCCUGCUGCUGCUCAAUAUCCUCAUCUUCGCCGGUAUCUAUCAUCAGCGAGACAAGACUGGCACGCUCACGGCUGGAAUCGAUCAGUGCUCCCUGGCGGGUCUGGACAAGAAGAAGGAGGAGCUCCUGGAGAUCGGCUGCUCCGGCGGUCUUCUCCAGCGCGACUCGCCGAGUCUCUCCAAGCUCCACACCGGCUCCUCGUCGACCACCCACGCGAGCAAGCGUUCGCUUUCCACCUUCGUUCUCGCCGAUUCACCGAGCGACAGCGGCAGCCCCGUCGCUCCCCACAAGACCAAAUUCGUCGACGAGCUCGAGCACAUGCAGCUCCAGGAGUACGAGUGCAGCCAAAGCUCGUACUACUGUCCGAGUCCGUCGACCCAGAGUCGGUUACAGCAGCGGACCCCGUCGCCGUGCGUCGACGCGACUAUGGCAGCGCAGGACGACGGCCUCGACGAGGAUCUACCCGAUCCACCGCCGCCACCCAAGAGCCCGGCUCCGGCGGCUGGGAUGAUGUGUCCGGGUAUUCUGAGGCAACCCGGGACUCCUGGCAGUGCCAAGAAAAGGGUCCAGAUACAGGAGAUAUCUGUUUGAUUUAAUUACACCGACGAUCUACAUUAUAUUUGCGUAAUAUUGUAUAGAUGAAAAUAAGAAGUCUUAUUUAUUGUUGGAUUUUAUUGACACGAGUUUAUAUAUAGCGAGAAACGGAUUAAGAUAUGGGAAGGGAAAAGAAUUAAUUAUGGUUGUGUGAUUCUCUCAUUAUUAUACAUACAUGCAUAUUGUAUUGCGUAUUAUACAUAUUAUAAUCUCUCUGUCCGAGGAAAAGAAUUGAUUUAUUCAUACGUUGACUACUACCAUGAUGUGUUAAUAUAUGCGAAUAUAAUAUUAUAUUGAUUAUAUAGGGACAAAUUUUUUAAAGGGCCGUUAUAAUCGAGAAGUAUAUGAUUAUUAUAUGAAACAAUAAAUGUGUUCAAUAUACGACGGAUGUAUAAUUAGGGAGAACGACGUAAGAAAGAUGCCAAAAAAAAAGUAAUAAUUGCACAUCACGCGACUCUGUAGAAUCUCAGGCGUGUUAAGCGUAUAAUUCCGAUACUCUUCCGAACCUGCAUAUACUUUUUCUUCUAUUAUACCAUAAAAAAUAAUACGGUGAAAGGCAAGGGGGAAGAAAAAUCGAUAAUAUUACUAUGAAAGUUAUGACUAGUUGACUAUAAUCCACUGAAUACGGGUGCCAAAUACAUAAUGUAGCCGACGAGAGAAAGAAAAAAGAGGACAAGAUUAUGCACACGAGAUACGGGAUUGAGAGUAUAACGAACGUAUAGAACACGAUCACAUCAUCCGAAGAGGAAUUAUAAAAAAAAAAAAAAAGAGAAAACAAUACACAGGACAGAGACGUAAUAACGACAGAGAGUUUGCUGCGCGUACACAGCUUGGAUACGCAAGGAAUUGAUAAUUCAUACAUAGACUUUGUGAUCGCUUAGCUUAGAAAAUUUUAAUCUCCGUAAUAGAGGCUCGACUAUACGUAGGGAGACGACGACACACGAUGAACCGAAACGUAACCAUCGAUAAGGGGCCUCGCGCGAGAGAAGAAUGAAAUGACGAGCUGUAUAAAAAAAAACGCGACGACGAUGAAUUUUCGGUUAUUCGAUUCGCAUUAUGUAUAACACGGGCGUCAGACGAAUCGCCCCCGCAGUCUGUUGUAGAUGUAAAUCCGUGUAUAAUAUAUAUAUAUUAUACACAGAGGAGAAGAGAACACACGACGAGUCGCUGGGGGUGCUCACGUAUACACAAUUAACACAGACGCUCACACAAACACACGUACACAGUUGAACCAGGACAAAUAAGAGAGAAACGUCCCCCUCCAACCCCUUCCGUGUUAGUUUCGUUAGCUGGAAGAAACACACUUGCCAAAGUUCGCGAUAUUAUUAUAUAAUACGACAAAGAAAAUGAAGAAUAAUAAUAAAAUAAAAUAAAACGUUCUGUCGUCGCAGCGUCUCGAUCUUCGCGAGAUCGAGUCGCCUUAUAAAGAAAAUAUACGUAAACCGUGAUACGUAACGGAACGCACAAUUCCUUAAAAAAAAAAAAUAAUAAUAAAAACCCUAAUAGGGACGAAAAGAUGAAGAAUUGUACAUAUAUAGGAUUCGCCGCGUGUGUCGCGCGUAAAUUCAUUACAUAAGCAGAAAAACAUAAGGUAUUAAUCGAUAAUUAACGAUUAUAUACAUAUAAAAUUAAUAACGUAAACGGGAUACUAUUAAUAAAACGUAGAGAGGCGAGACGAACCGCGCGCGUGUGAGCACUCCUGGUCUUCCUUUAAACUAAUCGAUUAACGACGAGCAUUUAAAAAAAAAAAAAAGAACAAUUCAUCUUAAAAGCCAAGAAUGG